GAAGCAUAUGCAAUCGUCGAGACGUGCAGACGCGCAGACUAUCUACUGCACCGCCAAGAUGACUUCGCAUUGUUCACGGAUCACCGCAACUUACAGUACAUCUUUGACCCACACAGCGUGCCGAGCUCGGUGCCAAAGUACACAGCAGAUAAGCUCCACCGGUGGUCGCUACUGCUGAUGGGAUACAAAUACGAGAUUUACGAUAUUGCCGGUGACGAUAACGUGUGGGCCGACCUUCUAUCAAGA